AUGGACGUGUGCGCCCAGUAUCUAGAGCAGACACAAAUAGACACAGAAAAUGCCAAGGACGUUGCUGUCACAACUCAGAUCUUGACUUCAGAGCCUCAAAGUCUGCAGGCAGAAGACAUCACAAAUGCCAUUAGGAUUGUGAACAGGUUACUGAAUGUAUCAGAUGCUAUAGAAGAUGUGGGCCAGUCUGCAAUUGCCACUGUUAGCCAAAUACUGAGUGCUAAUGAAACAGAAUUUAAAGAUGAUGAAGUACAAGUAAAUGCAGCAGAAAGAUUUCCACCUCUCAGUGGAAAGCUGGAGGAUCCAAGUCUGCCAGGAGAUGACGCCUUAAUACCCAACAGAGUCAUAGUAGAUAACAAUACUUCAGAGUUUAUGCCUAAUGAAACAGCAGACGUUCAAAUUUUCAUCAAACCAGCUGAAAGUGCUGAUAAUGACAUAGUUGUCGGUUUUGUUCUCUACCAGAAUGAUAAUCUGUUUAAGUCUAGUCAUAAAAGAGACCUAACUUAUAGAAAAAGAGUCAUCUCAGCCAACAUUUCCAAUGGGAUACAUGCCAAUGUAGAGUUUAGCUUCAGUCAAACGUCUGAUCCAUCAUAUAUCCUGGUACAAUAUGCUUGUGUUUACUGGGACUAUGAUAAGAGUGAAUGGAAUACUACUGGUUGUGAGAAAUCCUCGGUGAAUGAAACCUUACCUCUACGAUGCUCCUGCAAUCACACUACUAACUUCGCUGUCUUAAUGAGUUUCAAAGAAAACAUUACAUCUCCAGAACUUAAUAUAGUGUCAACCACUGGCUGCGUACUUUCCGUGGUGGGAUUAGCUGUUACGGUAGUAUUUCUGCUUUAUGCCAGAUUUAGAAAGAAAGAAAAGAAAUCAUGGAUACUGCUGAGUCUUUGUACAGCCAUGCUAAUCUUCUAUAUAAUAUUUAUUGCUACAAUGGAAUACACCGUGUUGAAAGAUAGCAAUUCCAAUACUGGCGAUUCAAGUAAUACAUUUAUACCAUAUGAACGUUUUGAUCCUCCACAACCUCUAUGUGCAACCUUGGCUGUUCUAUUGCACUAUUUCCUCCUUACAACGUUCACAUUGACAGCAAUGUUGGCAGUGGAGCUGUGUAUCCGUCUGGUUCGCGUCUCCCCUUUUACGCCAGAAGACUUCAUGCGAAGUGCACUCAUCGUUGGUUGGGGUAAUGUCCUGCAGUCUCUUUCAGAUCUCACUCCACCUAACGCAGAUACAAAACACUGUUGGCUUGCUGGUGCCAAUGAGAAUAAUGAGUUGGAUCUCUCAAAGCCCCUGCUGUGGUCUUUCCUCGUGCCGGUGGGAAUCAUCCUUACAGCAAAUAUUUGCAUUUUUAUAGCAGUUACAGUACUAUCAAUUUGGAAGAACACUCCACAUUUAACCAGGACCAGAAAAAUGUCAGUGUUAAAGAAGACAUUGGCUACAUUUUCAAUUGCAUCUUUACUCGGUGUCACCUGGAUUGUUGGCUACUUGAUGCUUAUAGAGACCCCAGGGCAGACACAGAUUGUUUUCAGCUUCAUCUUCUGCGUAUGUUGUGCAGCACAGGGACUUCAAAUCUUCAUCUUCUACACCCUCAGAUCUCGCUUAUUUCUGGAGAAGGUGGCUGCUGGUAUGCGCUUGUUUAACGCCUGCAAGAUAUACAUGCAUUCAGAGAAAUACUGGCUUGGUUACCGAGCUGGGGACGAAGCUUCGGUGAGAUGUGGAGGAGCUAUGGAGGGCUGGGGGAUGCCUCACCCAGUACAAAAGGCACGGCAUGUCACUGGUGUGGUGGAACUUGAGUGGUCUGCAGAAAGCCCUGACCUCAACCCUACUGACAUCUUCUGG